CCACUCUGUACUCCUCUUAAGGCCCAGAUGCAUGACUUCUGGCCCAGAAAUUUCCAGAUCUGAAGUGGAGGGUUCCCACCAAGGUCUCCUAUAGGACCCUGGCCCCACCCUGGCUCCUUCCCCUUCUCCAGGCUAACUGAAGUUUCAAGGUCAAGGGGAACCUUUUGCCAGUACAACCUCCUGACCACUGCUCAGUUUACUUGCUCCCUCAGCACCUUGGUCCAGCUGUUCCCCGGGUAGCUCAGGAGCUUGGAGGCCCACGUAUGACCUUCCAGUCAUGACUGAGACUAGGACAUCCUUCCUCCUGUUGAUGGCCUUGGCUUCCUCCCUCUGCUUCAACUUGGACACUGACCAGCCAACAACCUUCUUCACAGACAGUGCUGGGUUUGGAUCCAGUGUGGUUCAGUAUGCCAGCUCCUGGGUGGUUGUUGGAGCCCCCCAGGAGAUAAAGGCUGUCAACCAAACAGGCGGCCUCUACCAGUGUGACUACAGCACAGCCAUGUGUGAGCCCAUCCACCUGCAGGUUCCCCCAGAGGCUGUGAACAUGUCCCUGGGCCUGUCCCUGGCAGUCUCCACUAACACUUCUCAGCUGCUUGCCUGCGGCCCCACUGUGCACCAUGCAUGCAGGGAGAACAUGUACUUGACUGGGUUUUGUUUCCUGCUGGCCUCCCACUUACAGCAGGCCCAGAGGCUCCCAGCUGCCCUGCAGGAGUGCCUGAGGCAGGAGCAGGACAUCGCUUUCCUCAUUGAUGGAUCAGGCAGCAUCUCCUUCACUGAUUUUGCCAAGAUGUUGAAUUUCGUGAAGGCUGUGAUGAGCCAGUUCCAGAGGCCCAGCACGCAGUUCUCUCUGAUGCAGUUCUCCCAUAAAUUCCGGGUGCACUUCACUUUCAAAGACUUCACGCGCAGCUCUGACCCUCUAGGCCUAUUGGAUUCUGUACUUCAGCUGGGAGGGUACACUCACACAGCCACAGCCAUCCGAAGGGUCAUAAACCAACUGUUCACUGCUCCCAGUGGGGCCCGGAAGGAUAUCUCCAAGAUCCUCAUCGUCAUCACUGACGGGCAGAAACAAGGUGACCGCCUCAAAUAUGAGGAGGUCAUUCCUGAGGCCGAGGCAGCAGGGAUCAUCCGCUAUGCAGUCGGGGUGGGAUUGGCUUUUCAAAAUACUCAUUCCUGGAAAGAAUUAAAUGAUAUUGCAUCGAAUCCCUCCCAUGAACAUAUAUUUAAAGUGGAGAAUUUUGAUGCUUUGAGAGACAUUCAAAACCAAUUGAAAGAGAAGAUCUUUGCCAUUGAGGGUACACAGACAAUAAGCAGUAGUUCCUUUGAACUGGAGAUGUCCCAGGAGGGCUUUAGCGCUUUGAUCACGCCUGAUGGACCAGUUCUGGGGGCUGUGGGGAGCUUCAGUUGGUCUGGAGGUGCCUUCUUGUAUCCCCCAAAUAUGAGGCCUACUUUCAUCAACAUGUCUCAGGAGAAUGUGGACAUGAGGGACUCUUAUCUGGGUUACUCCACCGAGCUGGUCCUUUGGAAGGGUGUGCAGAGCCUGGUCCUGGGUGCCCCCCGCCACCAGCACACCGGGAAGGUUGUCAUCUUCACCCAGGUGUCCGGGCAAUGGAGGCCGAAGGCUGAAGUCACAGGGACCCAGGUUGGCUCCUACUUCGGGGCCUCCCUCUGCUCUGUGGACGUGGAUGGAGACGGCAGCUCUGACCUGGUCCUCAUCGGGGCUCCUCAUUACUACCAGCCAACCCAAGGGGGUGAGGUGUCUGUGUGCCCCUUGCCCCAGGGGAGGGCUAGGUGGCAGUGUGAGGCUGUUCUCCAUGGGGUGCAGGGCCAGCCCUGGGGCCGCUUUGGGGCAGCCCUGACAGUGCUGGGGGAUGUGAAUGGGGACAAGCUGACGGACGUGGCCAUCGGAGCCCCAGGAGAGCAGGAGAACAGGGGUGCUGUCUACAUAUUUCAUGGAACCACAGAAUUGGGCAUCAGCCCCUCCCAUAGCCAGAGGAUUGCAGGUUCCCAGCUCUCUUCCAAGCUCCAGUAUUUUGGGCAGUCACUGAGCGGGGGUCAGGACCUCACAAUGGAUGGACUGGUGGACCUGGCUGUAGGGGCCCAGGGGCACAUGCUUCUACUCAGGACGAGACCUGUGCUCAGGGUGUGGGUGAACAUCCGCAUCAUACCUGCAGAAAUUGCCAGGUCUGUGUUUGAGUGUCAAGAGCAGAAACCCUCUGUCCGGACACUGGGUGAUGCCAAUGUCUGCCUUCACAUUUAUGAAAGUCCCAAGAACAAGCUGGGUGACCUCCAAAGCUCUGUGACCUUUGACCUGACCCUUGACCCUGGCCGCCUGAGUCCCCGUGCCACCUUUGAGGAGACAAAGACCCGAAAUCUGACUCGUGUUCGAAUCCUUGGGCUGAGACAGUACUGUGAGACCGUGAAGUUGCUCUUCCAGGCCUGUGUGGAGGAUUCAGUGACUCCCAUCACCUUGCGUCUCAACUUCUCCCUGGUGGGCAAGCCUAUUCCUUCCUCCAGAAACCUCCGGCCUAUGCUGGCUGUGGAUGCUCAGAGAUACUUCACGGCCUCUCUUCCCUUUGAGAAGAACUGCGGGACGGACCAUGUCUGCCAGGAUGACCUCGCCAUCUCCUUUGGUGUCUCAGGCUUGAAGACCCUAGUGGUGGGGAGUAACCUGGAGCUGGACAUGAAUGUGACAGUGCGUAAUGAUGGUGAGGACUCCUAUGGAACCACAGUCACCUUCUUCUACCCACCGGGGUUGUCUUACCGACGUGUGGCAGGGAGCCAGAAUCAGCUGCAGGCUCGCUCCCCACGUCUGACCUGUGACAGUGCCCCAGCCAGGGACCAGGGCACACAGAGCACCUGCUGUAGCAUCAACUACCUCAUCUUCCAUCAGGGUGAUCAGAUCAUCUUUACAGCCACCUUUGAUGUCUCUUCAAAGGCUAGGCUGGGAGACCGGCUGCAUCUGAUGGCCAACGUGAGCAGUGAGAAUAACACUCCCAGGACCAGCAAGACUACCUUCCACCUAGAGCUCCCGGUGAAGUAUGCUGUCUACACUGUGAUCAGCAGCCAUGAACAAUCCACCAGGUACCUCAACUUCUCAGACUCAGAGGGAGAAGAAAGCAGCAUGGCCCAGCAUAGAUACCAGGUGAACAACCUGGGACAGAGGGUCCUGCCUGUCAGCAUCUACUUCUCAGUGCCUGUGGAGCUGAACCAGGUGGCUGUGUGGAAGGAGAUAGAGGUCUUUCACCCCCAGAACCCAUCAAUUCAGUGCUCUUCAGGGAAAAUAUCACCCACAGAGACCAACUUCCUGACUCACUUUCAGAAGAAUCCUGUGCUGGACUGCUCUAUUGCUGACUGCCUGAGGUUCCGCUGUGACAUCCCCUCCUUUGGUAUCCAGGAGGAAAUUGACUUCAUCCUGAAGGGCAAUCUCAGCUUCAGCUGGGUCAGCCAGACAUUGCAGAAGAAGAUAUUGGUUAUGAGUGAAGCUGAAAUCACAUUCAACAAAUCUGAGUUUUCCCAGCUUCCAGGACAGGAGACAUUUUUGAGAACCAAGAUGGAGAUAGUGCUGGAGAAGUAUGAGGUCUACAACCCUGUUCCUGUUAUUGUGGGAAGCUCUGUGGGAGGACUGCUGUUGCUGGCUCUCAUCACAGCCAUCCUGUACAAGGUUGGUUUCUUCAAACGUCAGUACAAGGAAAUGAUGGAGGAAGCAAAUGGACAGACUGUCCCAGAAAAUGAGACAUCAGACCCCCAAGUUUCCCAAUAAGAACUACCUUUUGCUCUUCUUUGGAUCUUCUUUCUUCUGAGAAGUUUCCUGACCCUCCUGAUCUUUUUCCUGAGAUCCUGACAUACAUAUUCCACAUGAUGGGGCUAGGAUCAGGCUGCUUUCUCCCUUUGAGGAAAUACAGCAUGUUUGUACGAAGCACAUUGCCUGGGAAAGGCCAUUUGUCUUGUUAAGGCUCCAUCUGGAAACCCCAUGACAGGAUUCCUGCCAUGCCUUCUGGUUGCCUUCACUUGGAAUUUCUACCUAGAAAUACAUGGGCAAAAGCCUCAAGCUCAAAUUUCCCUUCCUUUACUAGCCACCAAUGAUCUUUCUAAAACACAGUAUUCAUCCAGCUUUAGUGGCACCUUGUUACUCACAGAAUAACAUCUGAACUCUCCAACUUGAUGUCUGGAAUCCAGUUCCACUUCCAAAAGGUGGGCCUCAAUGCACAUGUCAUGAGUUGCUCUAUGCCUUCCUAUCAUCCUCAUUUCUAGUAAAAUACUGUCAAUAUCAGCUCUUAACAUUUUUUUUUAAAUAAUUAUUUUUUAUUGAAGGGUAGUUGACGCACAGUAUUACAUUACAUUAGUUUCAAGUGUACAACACAGUGGUAGAACAUUUAUAUACAUAAUUCUAGGUUCCAGCUAUCACCCUACCAAGCUGUUACAAUAUCUGGACUAUAUUCCUUAUGCUAUACAUUACAUCCCGGUUACUUAUUUAUUUUACCAUUGGAAGUCUGUCCUUUUUUUUUUUUUUUUUUUGUGAGGGCAUCUCUCAUAUUUAUUGAUCAAAUGGUUGUUAAUGACAAUAAAAUUCUGUAUAGGGGAGUCAAUGCUCAAUGCACAAUCA